AGCUAGAGUCAGGCUAUGAAGAGAAAGCUGCAAGACACAGUGACAGUGAACUUCGCUAAGGGUGGAUUUCGCUGGGGAUGGAGGGUAGCGCUAUUCACAUCAUCAUACGUAGGAAUCACUACCUGCAUCUCGGUAUAUCGUGGAAAGUCGUCAAUGUAUGAAUAUGUUGCAGCUGGAACUCUCACUGGUGCUAUGUACAAAGUUAAUUUAGGAUUACGAGGUAUAGCAGUUGGUGGACUUUUAGGAUGUAUUCUUGGUGGUGUUGCUGGUGGUCUAUCUUUAGCAAUAUUGAAAGCUUCUGGAACAACAAUGGAGGAAGUCCGAUAUUGGCAGUAUAAAUGGAAGUUGGAUAGCGAUAAAGCCUUCCAAGAAGCAAUAAAGAAAAGAGGUGAUGAGGAUAAACCAGCCGUUGAAUUAGCUCAUGAUGAAAAGUUAGAAAAUAAGAAAGUGUCAUUAGAUAAUUUGCUGCUGACCAUUAUUGGAUAUGAGCACCACUUUCCGUAUUUAAGAGGAGCUCCUUCCUGUCGGAGUGGUCGGAAGUCAACGAAAAUUUAUCUAAGCCUUCUCAACGGAUAAUUGCUGUAAUCUUUAUUCUACCAGAAUCCUCGAAUUAGCGGUCAAAUUGGAUUUCUCCGAGAUCGAAAGGACAAUAUCAUGUACUGUCUAUUACCAUUGGAUGGGCUAUUUCUCUUGCAGUUGCCGCCAGAAUUAUCAGAAGCCGUUUGUAGUCCUUUGAACCAGGAAAGAAGAGUCGAAGGAGUCAGAAAAAUAGGCGAAAAAAUGGUGUUUUGUUUACUUAAGGCUUGAAAAACAUUUUGUAAAUUAUCAUGUUUCAAUUCGAAUUUAUCCUUUUUGUAAACAAAUGUACAGUAACUUUUCGAUAUUGUUCGUUACAUAUUAAUUAUUACUUUAAAUGUACACGGAACUAUCUAUUUUUUGAAUAAAAGAAUUUUAAGUUAAA